GAGAGAGGGAGAGACAGAGGGAGGAGAGGAGAAGAGAGGAGAGGAGAGGAGAGGGAGGAUGAGAGCAGAGUCGCUCAUGGACUGUCUCUCUCCGGAUGCUCGAAUGUGCGAUCGCGUAGUUUCUUCCUCCAAGUCUCGACUCGACUGAAGGCUCUGAAAACCAUCCAGGUGAUAAGAUGGGGAACGGUUCGAUGAAAUCAAAGCGUUACAAACACGCAGACGGAUCUGCCGGCCACAAAGACAACGGCGGCGGGUUCAAAAACUCGUCCCUGGACUCCCUGAGGGCCCGGGUGGACGAGCUGGAGCGGGAGGGCAAGAGGAGGGACGAGGAGCUAAGUGCCAAAGAGCAGCAGAUCAAGAGUCUCCAGGAGCAGCUGGCCAAGCAGACGCGAGCCCUGGCCGAGCUGAGCGAAGAGCUGCAGAACAAGUGCAUCCAGCUCAACAAGCUGCAGGACGUGAUGAAGAACCAGAGCGCGGCCUCGGCGGGUCUGGCGUCCAGGCAGCCCUCCAUCAAAACCGGCGGCAGGGGCAGCCCCAACCUCAGCGUUCGCAUCAAGGAGACCCUCAACAGAAGGAAAGGGGCCAAAGCCGGGGUGUCAGCCGAGCCCACAUCCAGGACCUACGACUCCAGCUGCCUGCCCAAGUUCUCCUUCGAGAAGGCCCGGGUACCGAAGGAUGCAAGUGUGAAGAAGCUGCUCACAGACGCCCUGAACAAGAACCAGUACCUGAGGAGACUGGAGCUGCAGCAGAUCAAAGACAUGGUGGAGUGCAUGUAUGAACGCACCUACCAGCAGGGAGAGUACGUCAUCAAGCAGGGGGAACCUGGGAACCAUCUGUUUGUUCUGGCAGACGGGAAGCUGGACGUGUUUCAACAGAACAAACUGCUCACAUCGAUAACGGUGUGGACCACGUUUGGAGAACUAGCCAUUCUGUACAACUGCACACGGACUGCAUCAGUACGAGCGGUGAACAAAGUGAGGACGUGGGCUUUGGACAGGGAGGUGUUUCAGAACAUCAUGAGGAGGACGGCUGAGACACGACAUGAACAGUACCGCAACUUCCUCAGAAGUGUUUCACUCUUGGCCAAUUUACCAGAAGACAAGCUAAGCAAAAUAGUGGACUGCCUCGAGGUGGAAUACUAUGACAAAGGAGAGUACGUCAUCCGGGAGGGAGAGGAGGGGAGCACCUUCUACAUCAUCGCGCAGGGAAAGGUGAGGGUGACCCAGACCACCGAGGCCCACAAGUUGCCGCAGAUCAUCAACACACUGCAGAGGGGGGACUACUUCGGAGAGAAAGCCCUUAUAAGUGAUGAUGUCAGGUCAGCCAAUAUCAUCGCUGAGGAGAACGGCGUGGAGUGCUUGGUCAUCGACAGAGAGACAUUUGAUCAGACGGUGGGCACUUUCAACGAGCUACAGAAGUACCUCCAAGGCUACGUGGCAACACUCGAUCGUGACGACAAGAAGAGACAUGCCAGGAAGAAGUCAGUGUCGCGCCACCAGAGCCAGCCGCUAUCGCCGGACAUCAUCCGUCUGAAGGACAUGGUGUCAGAGUUCCCAUCGUCCAGGCCCUUCGACCACCUGGAGGUCAUCGCUACCCUCGGGGUUGGCGGCUUUGGACGAGUAGAACUGGUGAAGGUGCGGGGCGAGGACAUCACCUUCGCGCUGAAGGUCAUCAAGAAGAAGCACGUCGUGGACAACAGGCAGGAGGAGCACAUCCACUCGGAGAGGAAGAUCCUCGCCGAGGCUCGCUCGCCCUUUGUCGUCAAACUGUAUCGCACGUUUAAGGAUAACAAGUAUGUGUACAUGCUGCUGGAGGCCUGUCUGGGUGGAGAGGUCUGGAGUCUGCUCAGAGACAGGGGAAGUUUUGAUGAGCCCACUGCCAAAUUCUGCGUCGGUUGUGUCACAGAGGCGUUUGAUUACCUCCAUCGCAAGGGCGUCCUCUACAGAGACCUGAAGCCCGAGAAUCUCAUGCUGGACACUGAGGGAUACAUCAAACUGGUUGACUUUGGUUUUGCCAAGAAGAUCAGAUGUGGUCAAAAGACUUGGACAUUCUGCGGCACACCGGAGUACGUGGCCCCUGAGAUCAUCCUCAACAAAGGCCACAACUUCAGCGUGGACUUCUGGUCUCUGGGCAUCCUGGUGUUUGAGCUCCUUACUGGCAGUCCUCCGUUCUCUGGGAGUGACCAGAUGAUGACGUACACUUUCAUCUUGAAAGGCAUUGAAAAGAUGGACUUCCCCAAGAAGAUCACCAAGAGACCCGAGGACCUCAUACGCAAGCUAUGCAGGAAAAAUCCCUCAGAGCGACUGGGCAACCUCAAAAAUGGAAUUACUGAUAUCAAGAAGCACAGGUGGUUCAAUGGCUUCAACUGGGAAGGACUGAAGGCUAGGACGUUACUGUCUCCACUGAAAAGAGAACUCACGGGGCCGACAGAUCACAGCUAUUUUGACAGCUACCCUCCAGAUGAGGACAGUCCUCCUGAUGAGCUGUCUGGCUGGGACAUGGACUUCUGAGACCUUCUGCUCCACCUUCCCAUUCUUCCUUCCAUCGUGCACCUUUACAUCCAAAACUCGAGGGGUAAAGUGGGUUUUCUGGUGAUCUUACAUCACCUCUGCAGCCAUGGUGGAGGUCCUCAGGUUCUGGGCAACAGUGGCUGCUUGCUUUAUGAACUUGCGGUUGGCUGUCUCAACACAAAUGAACAGCUAGAGGCGAAUUCUUAUUUAAGUAUGACUGUGAACAUGUAUUACCUCCUAAACAACUUAUCCUUUGGUUAAAGGUGCCAUAUGAAAGAUUUUUAGUUUAAAACAUUCAGAAUGAAUCAAAAUUGGCAACAGAAUUGAAAAGAAAUAACAGUUUUGAUGUUACAUCACAGGUGUCCACGUAUUGUAUUGCAGUUAGCAUCCUUACCAACUAGUCUUUAGCUACUUCAUACCUCAAGAAGUAAUAGACAGAUACUCCCCUGUUACUCUAAGACCCAGUCUGGGCAGAGCCAGCUAAUAUGACUUCUGGCUGCACGUUUAACUACAAUCAGCAGCAGUUAGACUGAUACAAUGGUGAUAUGUCGCCCACUAUUUGUUUGGCGUAUUAAUUUGACUGGUGGACAAUUCUUACAUAUUGCUCCUUUCAAGUGGUAUUCUGGAGGAUUUCAGGAGUGGGGAGUUUGGCAACUCCUGCAUUCACUGGUGGAAACAGCAAAUGUAAUUUAAUAAACACAGGUCAUUGUAUUUCUGGGGGCAGCAAAACAAACUGUAGUGGUUUUAAAGUGCAUUUCAUUGGAUUUAGUGGAAUCUAGCAGUGAGUUCACAGAUUGGAAUCAAAUGAACAACUCACCCCCAUGGGAAAAAUGUGAAGAAAAAAACGUUUAACCACGCUGAGUCAAAAUGAGUUGGUGUCAUCAGUUAAGGACAUCCUCACGCACGUAGCCCUGUAGUAAUGGAAAUGAAAAUCCCUGCUGUGCUGGGCUGAUGUGCCGAGUCAAACCAAGUUAGGCCAGGCCAGCAGAUGUAAUAGAAGAAAAACAUCUGUCUGCAUUAUUUUAGACAUGGGGUAAGAAGAACCAGCACUGCAUCAAAACAAAUUCUUAAAUUGUGUAACACCCAGAAUUAAUGAAAGACCUUUUUCAGUCCACAGUGCAGAUUCACAUAGAUAAGUGAUUAGUGCGCCUCAGCCGACAUUUCCCGUUGUUCAUGCAUUAAAGUUCCUGUAGUGUUUGCAAUAUGGUGAACAGGAGUAAACGAAGAACAAUGAGAACGUGUCAAACAACCAAUGCUUUCCAAUAAAAUCCCUGACGUGACAACAACAUUUUCACCACAUGCUGUGACGAAACAGAGUGAAGCAACAGAAACACUAUUACAGGUUGAGCUCUGCUAAAUUAGCCUGCAGGCAAGUUACUCCGAAAUAGUACCCAACGGUGUGUCCUGGAUAACUAAGCUGGGCUCCUUAAGCUUUAUUUCAUAUUACUUUGGAGAGACUUUAUGCAUUCCUUAAUGAACCUUAACCCAAUGUAAUGAUCUUUGACAAAUAAUACUAAACUAUUGUUUUCUGUGGGCCCUCAUGAUGCCUCCAGAUGUGGUUGGUUGGGAAAUUUGUGAUGCAGCUGCAAAAGCCUUCAUUUCUUACAGCUGAGGGAAUUUUUGAUUACAUGUGCAGUUUGUUUAUGGCUCUGGAGGAGUGGAGGUGUGGGGGAUGGGAUAUGUGUGGUGAUGACACUGUAAAAAGCAACUUGAGAACAAACACAGACUUGGGAAGAAGAAAUGCGACUGAACUGCUUUGGCAGCAUCGCACCACCAUGCACUGCUAUCCCCAACGUGAAACACUUGUGCUAAGAAGCACCAAGAGGUUCCUUGUCCCCACAGAGGCCAAACUGGACACACACAAAUCGUGAACUCUACUAAGUUAUAGAGUGUGAGCAUCCCGUAGGAGGGUGACCUGAAGAAAUAUUUACUUACUGAAGCUUUCAACUCCAUAGUUCCUGGUAAGAGAAAGUUACUUCUGCUCGGCCUGAGGCGUUGAUGAUGUGAAGAACAGCAAAGAGACCAAACUUCUACUAUGAGGGGUUUUUCAGGAGCUUAUGUAAUUUCCAUUUUUAAAUCUUUCAGGUUUACAGUAAAUGGACUGUGUGCUCUGGGUCUAUGUGUAUACUGUAUACUGUAAGGCACAGGCCACAAAAAUACACAAUUUAUACAGUCCAAACCACUUGCUCCUUUACAUAUACCUUAACAACUCGGUGAGUGUUUUUUUUUUUUUUUUGUAAAUAUCACAUAAACAUGUAUACAUUGACUGGUGAAUGUGUGUGUACAGUAUGUACAGUAUCUGAUAAUGUUUGCGCGUGUCUGUGUGACACACCUGAAACUCUUGGAGAAGCUGUGGCCUUAAGAUAAUGACUACUGAUUUCAGGAUACAGCUGUGUGUGUUAAUAUUUCAGACAGAGUUUCCUUCAGAAAUUGAUUUUUGCAACUGAACAGUAUUUUCAGAUUUGGUAAUUUAAAGUUUAUGGCCAGAAUAGAUUCUUAUUAUUUCCUGACCAUACUCAUUGUGGACAUUUUUACGGGGAUGUGUGAUAACAUUAACACAGGUGUAAUACAUAUUAAGUGACGUGGCUUUCCCAAAGAAAUUUUGAGCAUCAAACUCCUCAUUUUCUUCACUGACAUAUAAUAUUUGUGCACCUAUUUGUGUCAUUUCUGCACCAAUUUGCGGAGAAAAUGUCUUCAUUUAUUGAAAGGAAAUGACUUGUUGAGAAAUAAUGUCCUAUAACAGACCUCCAAGCCCAGUCACCAGGAUGUAAUGUUAGCAGUAAAUGAUUCUGUAAACCACAGAUACUUACAAGGUUGACAUUUGUACCAAAUGUGUCACAUCACGUUUCUGUCACAAGGUGAAGGGGAAGGUGGUGGCCAAACGGUUCACCGCAGUUCAAGUAACAGUACUUGAUUUUCUUAAGCACACCUGGUCUCAACUCAAUCUGUGAUUGUGGCAGCCAAACCAUUAUUUCUUUCUAACUAGAGUUUGAGCACAGUGUUACGACAACAAGGGAAAUAGAAAAUUCCACUGAAUAAAAUAAGUGUCAACAUAAAAUAAGUGUCAACAUAAAGAAAAGUUCAGUUUUAACUUAUCUGUGGUUGUGCAGAAACAAUUGUCCUGGUGAUUGGGCUGGGCUACGUCAUAGUCAGCCAUGCAGCUGCUUCUCCUUCUUUCUGUUUUAUGGCAGAUUGUAAUCAAUGCUUUUGUGUUAGCAAACUGCCAUCCUGUUGCAUUUUACCGGGGGAUGCAUAUGUUCUAAAUAUUGAGGGAUCUCAUACAUCCGCCCCGAAAUCUAUGUUUCUGGUUCCGAUUUCCCAAUCAGUCACCAAUGACCACACACUCGUCCUAUUUGAACCGCUGAAGAAGAGGAAUUGGACUGCAAUACAGAGGUGCGCUGAAUUUUCGAAAGUAAUUACAUUGCUUUGCUGCAAUGACAAGUCAAAAUGUGGGCCACCAGGCCUGUUGCUUAAUUUGUGUUGAUUCAUGACUGAAUUGUAAGUUUAAAUAAAGUUUUGC